GAGAAACAAAUGUAUAUAGCAUAUGUAAUAAUCCGUGGUGUACACUGAGUUAUUGUUUUCUGUGCGAAACGAAAUUGGCCUUUCAUUCCAAAAAAUUGAAAUUUGGCAGUGGUGUACACAUUAUAUCAAAACGGAGAAAAACAAGAAAAAACUGUCAUGGCUGUUAGACGUGCAUCCCAUUCGGGUAGUUGGUACUCGGAUUCAGCUAAGGAGCUGGGAAAGCAAUUGGAAACAUGGCUCAACACUGCUGAUCUAACGCAUGGCCCUGCUAGAGCCAUCAUUGCUCCGCAUGCUGGUUACCAGUAUUGUGGUGCAUGCAGUGGUUUUGCCUAUCGCCAAGUUAGCCCUGUUGUAGUGAGACGAGUGUUUAUUUUGGGUCCAUCUCAUCAUGUUCGUCUUGGUGGAUGUGCCCUUUCCACUGCAACCAAGUAUUGUACUCCGCUUUAUGAUCUGCGAAUAGACACCCAAGUGUAUGCUGAUAUGGAGGCCACUGGACAGUUUGAGUGGAUGAAUAUGUCCAUGGAUGAAGAUGAACACAGCAUAGAAAUGCAUCUUCCAUACAUUGCCAAAAUUAUGGAAGACUUCAAGGAUUCAUUCACCAUUGUGCCAGUGUUGGUGGGGUCACUGACCCCCGAGAAGGAGGCCAUGUAUGGUCGGGUCUUCUCGCGCUAUUUGGCUGACCCCCAGAAUCUCUUUGUAAUCUCUUCUGACUUCUGUCAUUGGGGUCAUCGCUUCCGUUAUACUUAUUAUGACCGUAACUGGGGCGAGAUCUACCAGUCAAUACAGACUCUCGAUCGCACGGGAAUGGAUAUCAUUGAAACUUUAAACCCUGCAACCUUCACUGAGUAUUUGAAAAAAUUUGGAAAUACUAUUUGUGGGAGGCACCCCAUAGGUGUUCUGUUACAGGCAGUGCAGAGCCUACAGAAAUCCGGCAACAAUGGUCACAAGAUGAGCCUCAAAUUUCUGAAGUAUGCACAGUCAAAUCAGUGCUGCAGCAUGAAUGAUUCUUCUGUUAGCUAUGCAGCUGCUGCACUCACAUUUGAAUAACGAGCGGCCUUUCCUAGCUCCCAGCGUCAGGAAAUUUCACGCAAGAACUGGGGUAACCAAAACACUAACAGAGAAGAGAAUAGCAACGAUUAUGAUCUGAUGCAUAUGGAGGCAUUCGGCCAUGUGUCUGCUUUCCUGAAAUAUUUCAGUAUGAGGACAACUGGCAAUUUAGAAUUUAGAUUAUUGAAAGCUAUCGCAACCAGUAGGUAUGAUGUUACUGUUAUUGACAAAUUCACCUGUACACCAAAAAACGUUACUUUUCAAUUGGUUUUAUUUACUGUACUUUAUAUGAAUGUGUGCUAUUUGUCAGUUGUACAGUUCAUCGCCAACUUGCCUAGAUGACUGCUGCCUCAUAUUUUGAAGAACUGACUAUAGACUGGAAACAGAAGUUUCUCCUCUGGCCAGAUUCUCUUCUCGUGGUAACCUCUUUAAAGCAGUCCCAUGCUUGCUUCCCACAUUUCUUUUGUGUCACGAUGAAUCAAAUGAUGGUAACAAGUUAAGAUGUAAUGCUUGGUGACACAAGAAUGGUGCACUCGGUGGUUAUGUAUGUAAAACUGUUAUUACAAAAUGUAAUAACACAUUUUUUAUAAUGUAAUAGAAGCAAAAGAAGAAAGUUAACUUGACUGAACUUAUGUAUGACAGUGAACAGAAAAUACGAAAAACGUAAAAAAAAAUUUGUAGUGCAUUUACAAUUGAGGUUUGCAAUAAACCAGUUGAGCAUAGCUCAGA